AUGGGCUCUACAGAUCCGACCCCCCACGCCUAUCCCGUCCCUCCAGCGGGAGUGUACUGUCCUGCCGUCACUUUCUUCGAUCCUGCCACCGAUACCUUACUCCCAGACAAACAAGCGCAAUAUUAUUCCUACCUCGCCAGUUCGGGGCUGAAAGGACUCGUCAUCUUGGGCACAAAUGCAGAGACCUUUCUGCUUACCCGCGACGAAAGAGCUACGCUCCUGCGGUUGGCACGAAAGUCCGUUCCUGAGAACUACCCCAUCAUUGCCGGGGUCGGAGGGCACUCGACUGCACAGGUGCUUGAGUACAUCGCUGACGCCCAUGCUGCCGGGGCGAACUAUGUCCUCGUGCUCCCGUGCGCAUACUUCGGCAAGCAGACCACACCUACCGUCGUCCACAACUUCUACGCCGCCGUCGCGAAAGCCUCUCCUCUUCCCAUCCUCAUCUACAACUUCCCUGCCGUGUGUAAUGGCCUCGACCUGGACUCGGAUGCUAUUGCGGCUCUGGCGCAAGAGUUUCCGAACAUUGUUGGGGUCAAAUUGACCUGUGGUUCGGUGGGAAAGGUCACACGGCUGUCGGCCACCUUCCACCCCGAGCGAUUUGCGGUGUUUGGUGGGCAGUCGGAUUUCUUAGUCGGUGGCCUGGCGGCUGGAUCGGCCGGUUGCAUUGCUGCCUUUGCCAACAUAUUCCCCAAGACAGUCGUCAAAGUCUUCGACCUGUGGAAAAUGGGCAAACAUGACCAAGCGUUGGCACUGCAGAGAUUGUCUGCUCAUGCCGAGAACCCCACAAAAGCCGGGAUUGCCACGACGAAAUAUGCCGUGAGUCAGUUCAGUGCGAAGAAAGCCGGAGUUCAAGGCGAUCUUGAGGCCAUGCUGCGACCUCGGCGACCGUAUGAAGAGCCCGGUGAAGCGGUCAAGAAGAAGAUUGUUGAGGUGAUGUUGCCCGUGGACGAGAUCGAGAAGACACUGUGA